CACCGUUUUGUAGUGUCGCCUCCGCGGAGAUUUCUGCUCAUUCUAUUGGAGCCGCUCUCACCGUCAACAUACGCGCGUGAUUCUUCCGACUCCACUCUCACGUCACAACUGAUCCGGCGUUUCCUGCCUGUCAUGACCGGAAAACGCCUUUCUCUUCUGGCCCUGCUUGUCGUGGCUCUUGCAACUCCACACGUCGCUUCAAGAGCGGUGAACAUCAGCAGUGCAUGGCUGCUACCCGAGGAGGGGUUUCCAGUUUUCUACCGUUACUUCAGGGAUCGCAUCACGUGGUUUGAGGCGGAUGCUGUCUGCCAGUUCCAUCACGCCCAGCUGGUAACCGUUGACUGGAGCACACAGUAUGACGCGGCAAGAGCUUACUUGAAAGAGCUGGACGUGACCAGCAACGUUUGGAUAGGAUUGAAGAGAGCCAAUGCUGAAAGCGACUUUACUUGGACGGACUACAAAGGGCUGGAAAGUGGCGGUUACUGGGCGGAAGCUCUUCCGACGACCGACACGGCUGUGUGUGCAGCUCUGGACCCAGCUGCCGACUUCCGGUGGCAUCCGCUUAAUUGUGGCGGACCGGAAGUUGCAUCCUUCAUAUGCCAGCUAGAAGUUCCGGUGUGGGCUCGCCAAGAGGACGGCUGCAUGUUGACGUCUCUGCCAUCGCUGACGGUGACCUACCUGCCUGAGCAGGGAGCUGUCGAACUCAUCUCAGACUGUGGUCUCGAGGGAACCAGACGCAUCGCCUGCAAGGGACAAGCUAACCGUGAAGAGAUGAUGAAGCAACUGUCGUGUGAGACAUCGACUGAAGCGACAAGCAGUGGUGGAUGGGGCGACAACGAGCUCCCCACGAGGCAUCGACGUGACACCGACGUCACGCCUGACAUGGCCAGUGAACAGAGCAGUCUGCCCACUACUGAAGGUUUAACUGAAGUGGACGUUAUGGAAGAGGUUACCGUACACCCUGCCUCAAUGGACGAAGAACUCCAACCCUCCACCACUCUCGCGCCCGAGGUGUCGUCCCAAGUCCUCCCUCAGGAGAUGUCAGCCGCUGAGGAGCCCGUGCAAACCUCACCCGAGCUGCUCCAGGAAGAAAUCAACUCACUCACCAAAGAAAUAGCCGCUUUCAACUCCACAACUAAACCCGUUGCCAAGGACAACGAACUGGCUGAGAAGAUGGCUGAUAUUCCGUUGCCUGAUAUACAUCUGAAGCACAAUUACGCCGGGAUUACAUCUGAUGAGGCAUCGGAAACAAACCCUGCUGGUAGGAGGAAUGUAGUGUUGACUUCCAAACCAUUGCCGCCAUCUUUGAGAGGAAACUCGCCCUUCAUUGAGCCCUCAAAUACCACCUCCAAAUCUAACAACUCGUCUGAGGAGAAGGAUGACUCGAAACCUAUUGAGAAAGAGUCACACGAAGUUUUCAGGGAGGCCAAGUCUUCAGAUGUUUCCCUACCGGAGAAAACCGAAGGGAAAGUUGAGAAAGGUGCGGGGGUUGCCGUUUUCCCACCCCUGUCUGUGUACCCCAGUUCGAAAGAGGAGUCCGAAGAGGUCACAUCAGCUGAGAACCAUACCUCGAGUUUGGAGGUUGAACUGCACGUCAAAGCCACAAACAACGGAUUGUCCACUACGGAGUCAGCUGUCACAACAGGUGGACCUGUGGGCGAUGAUGCCAAGUUUUUUGUGAGAGUCAACACCGAAGUCGGUCCCACCGAGAAGCCAACCAGCACCCAACGGGUUGGAUCCGACAGUGACUUCUUGUUUGUGUUGACCGAAAGCCCAGAGAAGGCUGAGGGGACAUCCGUGGAGACAUCGAAGGAGUCCAUGGUGAUGGGCGCUGUCACUCAGCAGGAGGAGGACGAGGAGCAAGCCCUGGAGGAGGGAACCGAACCCGAGGCUCCUGAAAGACCCAACAGGGGGCGCCUCCUUGUCAGGCCACAGCAUCACUCCUUCUACCCAUCCCUACUCAACAGGGUACUUGGCUAAGUAUCCAACUGCAAUAUGAGGGAUAUGUGCAUUAAUUUGUAUGAUGUGAGUGAGAAAGUGGGAGAAUCUAAAAUUGAGAAGGCAGAAUGAGAGGGAGUGAGUAGUUAAAGAAAAAUAAUAUUAAUAUGCUUCACUCUAUUCGUGUAGUAAUAAUUGUUAUAAAUGUUUUAUUUUUGUCACGGUGCAGCUCAAAUUAAUCUUCGUACUGCUCGCUUUUUACUGGAGUUGGACUCUCUUCGCAGGACUUUGUAUUCUCAUUCAGGAAUUUGAGAGUAUUAGAAUGUUAUUUGAAUAAGGAAAACAUUUUUUCAAUGGUGAGUUGGAAGAUAUGUGAACAUCGAAUGUAUGAGAGUAAGGGGAUACCAUCGAAUUUGGAAUUGAACUGAUUUGAAUUUGAUUUUGAGUUAUGGAUAUUUGAAAUGUGAUGGAGUGAAGAUGACCUUCUGAUCAUCCUCAUGAUUUAAGAUUGUCAAUUGAGGGAGAAAUAUGGGAUUUUUAUAUUAUAUAUGGAGCUUUUAUUGCUGAAAAUGACAUAUGAUACGUAUACCAACAGUAUACAGCCAAUUCUAUGACAGGAUUUCAGUGAUGGAAUUUAUUUGUAACAUGCAAGAAUUAUCCAAAAUGAUUGAAAUAGAAGAACAAAGAGAGAUUGUCCUUGAUGACACUAACUAGGAGGAGAUAGAUCGAUGAGCUUUUGAAGAGAUGAGAUAUGGUUUUGUGACAUAAAAAUUUCGAUUCUCAACAGAAAAAACUUGAAUAUCGACUGAACUUGAAAAUCCUCUCAAAUUGAUUUGAUUACAGAAAUUGAAAGGUUUGAUUGAUACUUUUCAACAAUUAAUAGACCAAAUAUUGAAUUAACAACAGUAUUUGAAUUGUUGAAUGAAACAAAGAGAAAUAAUGAUGCUAUCUUUGAAGAAAAAAGUGGUUUGACAAUUAUCACCGAGUGAAUCUGAUGUUGUUGCAAACUAUAUAAUACGGUAACUCAAUUCUCGAAUUAAAAAAUUCAUUAAAGUCAAACACUUUCCAAAUACUGAAAAGUCCUGUGAAGAGAACUGCUCACACAGCCACAUGUAUGAUAAAUUGUAACAUAGUAAUAUUAUUGACUUGUGGAAGCUACACACAUACACCAACGUAAUAUAAAUGAUGUUGAAAAUAAUCAUUACUAGGUAGUCCACUUGUCCAUAUCCAUAUUAUGGUCCAUGUUGAUGGACUUUAUUUAUUAUUAAUCCAUUUUCGAAAGCACUGCGCGCAAACACACACAUGCACUAUCACACUCAUUCUUUCAUUCUUAAAACACGCACCGUCCUGUCUUGACCCGUCCUGUGCACUCAAGCAAAAUAAAAUUAUUAAAAUAAAUUAAUAUUAUUCAACUAAAAUAAGCGAGUGACAUUUCAACGGUUGCUCAGUCACAACUAUGGUAACGUGUUUUAAUCUUACACUUAUAGAUAUAUUAGGUGGAACAUUUUUAACUAGUCUAAAAAUUGUACAGCUAACGUGCCGUAUAACACAGCUCAUUCUCUGAAAAACCGAUCUCAAAUAUUAAUAAUGGAAAGCAAUGCUUCUAGUUAAUAAUCACUUAUUGCUGUUUAGAGAAGCACUAAAAUGAAGCACUAAACUCAAGCACCGACUGAUCAACACAUUUUAUUCCCAAAUAUAUAAUAUCAAAGUAUGUAUAUAAUUAUUCACAUACUUGGUAUCAAUAUGCCUAGAAAUGUAUUAAUUUAUGUGCUAUGUAAUAAUUAUUUAAUGGAUUAGAAAUCACAGUAGGAGCUAGGCUGGUUACAGAAAACAAUAAAAGAUGUAGAGUAAAAUCAAUUGAUGAAUAUGAGAUUGUUCUAAUAACAACAGGUAUUGUCUUAUCUUUUCUCAGUGAAAUAAAUAAUGAUUUCGCCAACCUAGAGAUAAAAUAAUACGAAAAAGGUGUCAAAAUAAUAUUAUAAAUAAACUACUCAUAGUUUUAUAGUUAUGAUAAAUAAUAAUUAGUAUAGAAUGUUAUACAGACACUAAAGUGUCUUAUUCAUUGUAUUCAGUUGGUAAUGAAUUUCAGUUAUCAUUGGUUAUAUGAUUUCACAAUAUAAUACUCUGAAAAUAUAAGCUACUCGUUUUGGGAGAUUCCCUGAUUAUAUUUGUUUGCCUUAUGCAAUAGAUAAAUGAUUUAAUAAUAUUCAUGUUGGAUAAUAUAAAAUAAAUUAAUAGUAGCCAGUCGAAAAUAAUGAGUUCAGUGUUGAUUUUCUAGAUUUUCCAUAGAUAACGGAAAAUUGAAUGUUCUCAAAUUUGAAAUCUAAUUAUGAAAGCAUUACUUUUGAUGUUUGAUCCACUUUGGCUACAAAAUCUAAUAUACUAGAUGUUGAUACAUUUCAAAAGAACUUUUCAACCAUCUUAAUGAUGACAUAAAUCUCAAUUUUGAAGCAUUUUUUGCAAAAUAAUAAAUUACUCUUAAGCAAUUAUCUUAAAAUCAAAUAGUUUUAUUCCAUCAAUCUAUCCACAUUCUAUUCAUCCAAUACAUUCAAUUCACAUCCAUUUGAUUGCAUAGUUUGAAACAAAACGAUUACAAUCAAAAAUAAUAAAAUCUAUGCAUCUUGCUUUUUUCAUAGCAAUAUACUUUUCUAGUUCAUAUAGUAAUGAAGGAGAAAUCCUCUGGCUCUUUUUAUUAUAAUUAAUUUGUUCUGAAAUCAUAAGUUGAAAAUUUUCAACUUUGAAAAGUUGAUUGAAUCUUGGUCCUAUUUAUUUCAUCUUCUUAUUCGAUUUUAUACAUGAUCAUUCUUUCAACAUUAUUUGUAUAUUUGAUUGCUGAAAUUUCUUAUAUUAUUGUUCAUACCUUAUAAGAAUAUAUACAUUUUCAUUCUUAUUCUUGAUAGAGCACAAAUAUUUAUUAUUCUACGUACCUAUCAGCACAUAAUAGGUAAUUUGUAUUUUUAAAUGUCUAAAUAUUUUAUCCAUUAUCAAUUGAGUAUUAGGUAUAGUUUAUCUUAAUCCUAUUCAAAAUUAAAUAUAUAUCUAUAUUUGAGCUCCCGACUCAUCCCAUAAAAAGUGGCAAAUCAAGCCCAUAUUAUAUUAAAUCGCAUACACUUAUUUACUAUGUGCCAAGUAAAGUGACCAAAAUGUUCUGAAGAAUCGUGCAAAACUUUGUAGUUAUUGUAUUUAUUAACUUUAUAAAAGUUAUUUAUUAUGAAGAAUAGAUGAUAACACUAUGUCUUGUGAUUGAGUAAAAGUUAGUUACCAGUAAACUAGAGUAGUUUCUUUUGUGAAUACCGCUAUUUUAUUCCUUAUAUUACCAGUUGAAAAAAAAUUGAAAACUUGACAAACAUAUUUGUUAAUUUUCAGUGAAUAUAAUUAUUAAUAUUACUUUUUCCUGUUUUUAUAACAAUAGAUUACUCCUCAUUGGUUAUUCUAUUACCAUUCAAGUAACAGCCGCACAGCAAAUUGCAUAAAGGUGUAACAAUUAGUUUGACUUGGAACUGAAGUUACAUCAGACUCCAAAACAAUCGAUUCACAAUAAAAUUAGUGAUUUUCUAUUACAAUCACUAUUAUCAACUGAAUUUAUAUUGUUUAGUAGGUACAAUCUGCACAUAUUUCCAAACAAAUCAAAUCUGGCUACAAACUAUUUGAAAAUACUAUUUUGAUUUUAUUGUGGUCUAUUUGUAAUGCAAUUGGAUGAUUCCAAUCUGUAAUGAAUAUAUCAACAUCAAUAAAUAUAUUCAAAUCGUUCAUGAUUGUGGAAAAUAAAGGUACCUAUAUCCAGUGACCAGAAACAAUAAUCAUUAGACUUUUAGGAUUCCAUUUGUGCAUUCUUCACAACAAUAUUAUUGACUGUGAAUGCUCUAUAUGAGUUCAACUUUUUGAUAAUAUUGCUUCAACCAUUGACAUAAAUCAUUAAUUUCACUAAAAUUAACAACAAAAAAUUUAAAUACAGCUUUUAAUUGGGAUUUUCGUUUAAUAACGAUAUUAUUAAAACAAAAAAUAUUUAAAAAUGUACAAUACGUACUCAUAUUAUUGAUAUCUGGUACUAAAACUCAAACCAGAUGAAGAUCUCGUUAUCUCUAGUCACAUAUUUCGGUGAUGAAUAUUCCAAUGGAAACACUGAAUAUAUACAGAAAAAGUUACAAAUGAUUCUCAUAAUUGGAAAAUUACUUGUUCUUUCUCUAACUAAUAUCCAACCACAAUUCUGCUAAUUCAACUACGUAACUGUGAAUUUAAUUAUUGUAUAUUCAUUUAUACAGUACAUUCCAAUGCGAUUAUUUAUACUAUCUUUUAACAUUCAUAUUUUUUCAAUUAAUUCAUAUUUUUAGCUAUUGUAAUCUCAAUAUUAGUUAUUGUUGACUGUAGGCUAUUCAUUUUAAUGUAUGACAUUUGAAUAUUAAAUAAUAAUUUGAAUUGAAGUUCAUGAAAAUUCUGAUUUAUUCAUUUUUUAAAAAGGUUUUAAAUCUACCGGGACUACCAUUAUUGAUUUCCAAUAGGUGCCCCAUUAUUGAUUUGAGAUAAUUGGUACGGUAAUCACCAAUAUUUACAAAAUUAGACUAAUGUAGAUAAUAUGUAGUAAGCUCAUUCAUAUUGAUUAAAAUCAAUCUAUUGAAUUCUAUAUUUGUCUAUAUCUAUAUUGCAAUUUAGAUUGGAAGGACAGUUUGCGAAAUUGAUAAUUGACUCUAUUAUAUUCGUUAGAAAUUGAUAAGUUUAUUGUUAAUCUAUAUUAUAUUAUUGUAUAUCCUAGUUGGUUUAGAUGAUAAACCAUAGACUCAGUAGUUAUUGUUUGUAGCAUUCAAUCAUAAUCAGAGAUUAUCUUUAAUCAAACUUCAUUUUCCUCUGAUAAUUAUUAUUGUACUUUUGUAUAUGUCAAAACAUGGCUUUUCAAAAUAAUCUGAUUAUUGUGUUUGAAUAAGAUCCAUAAAUACAGUCCAAUUGCAUGAGAAUAAUAUAGAAUAAGUUUAAAUGUAAGUUGAUAGCAACAUGAAUAAUACUGAUUUAUUAAAUAGAUUUUUUGAAACCCAA